GCCGCCUCGCUCGGACCAGCCGGCCGUGCAGCUGCAAACCUUGUGUGUGUCGGGGCCACGGCGUUAGUAUGUGACUACCAUCGGGGUCAGACCACAGAUCGUCCUGGAAGCAGAACUUCCGAAGGCUCCGUCCAUGAGCCCAGAGACCGGGAGUGAAAGAGGUCCAAGAUGUCUGAACUCUUUAUGGAGUGUGUGGAGGAGGAGCUGGAGCCGUGGCAAAAACAAGUUCCUCAAGUUCACCUAAUCGAUGAUGAUGACGACGAGCCCAUCUUUGUUGGAGUGCUCUCCAAUAAUGAAAAAGAUGAUAAAGUUAACCCCGCGCCUCGUCUGAAGAACAGUGCAUUGACUCAGAAAAUAAAAUCCCCUUCUCCUCAAUCCAUUGCUGGUCCCUCACCGAUGGUGCUGCCGCUGAAUGUUCCCGCAGCAAAAACUGCAUCACCCACCCUGACGUCAAUGACUCCGCAGCCUGUUAUAGUUAAUAAUCAGGGGUUCAUUGUUGCUUCUCCACGAUUGGCAAACAACAACGACCUUAUCGCUGCUCUUGGGGCACAGUAUCCCCCUGGAACAUCUUUUACAAUCGUACCAGCCCCUCAGUCACAAAUUUUACAGCAGGUCUCUCCAACCUCCGUGAUACCAGGAGGGGUCCACAGGCCUCAGGUCCAACAAAUUAAGAACAACGUGGUGACGUUGUCUAAUGUCCAGAGCCCUGCCAUGUAUUCGACGCAGUCUGGGCAUCAGCAGCUGAAACGGUUCAACUCUCAGACUCUGCAGGGCAUUUCAGUGAAGCCUGUGUCUGUGACGGACAACAGCAUCAACAAAAAUAAACGGGGGUUGACGUCACAAGACGUAGAUAAUGUUGUGAAGAAAGCGAAGCUGGAUUUUACUCCGGGAAAAGUACCCGUCAGAGUGGAAAACGGAAUCGCAAAGAAAAACUGUCCCAAUUGUCAAGAAGAGUUUCUGUCAGAGGAAUCCCUCAAGUUUCAUAUAAUGUGCUGCCGUGGGAUUGUGGCAAGUCAACCUCCGUCAGCCCCGAACACGGGUCCGAACAAGCUCGUCAUGCUGGUCGCAGAUUUCUACUAUGGCCGCUUCGAGGGAGAUCCGAGAAAAAUGGAGGCGCAAAAAACCAACACCACGUUCAAAUGCCAAAGCUGUUUAAAAGUUCUCAAAAAUAAUAUCAGGUUCAUGAACCACAUGAAACACCACCUGGAACUGGAAAAGCAGAACAGUGAGAGCUGGGAAAGCCACACAACCUGCCAACACUGCUACCGCCAGUACAUGACUCCGUUCCAGCUGCAGUGCCACAUCGAGAGUGCUCACAGCCCGAUUGAAUCUCCAACUAAUUGUAAGAUCUGCGAGCUGGCGUUUGAGUCAGAGCAGGUGUUGCUGGAACACAUGAAGAACAACCACAAACCCGGUGAAAUGCCUUACGUCUGCCAGGUGUGCAACUACAGGUCAUCUUUCUUCUCAGAAGUGGAAACGCAUUUCCGGAGCGUCCAUGAAAACACAAAAGACCUGCUCUGUCCCUUCUGUCUCAAAGUUGUUCGAUCCUGUCAUUCGUACAUGCAACACUACAUGAAACAUCAGAAUAAAGGGAUCCAUCGAUGUGGCAGGUGCAGACUGAAUUUCCUCACCUACAAGGAAAAAAUCGACCACAGGACUCGCCUUCACAAGACGUUCAGGAAACCCAGAGCUCUGGAGGGUCUUCCUCCGGGUACAAAGGUGACGGUCCGAGCCUCCCUCACAGGGAAGGGACAAUUAUCAGAUUUAUUGUCCCCUGAUCUGUCCAGUAUAACCAUCAGCACAGAGCCGACAGGUACCCCCCUGUUCAAACCCCCUGCCAUCGUGUCCAAAGCUAAAACGAACAACUCCGGAGCGAAAAAAUCCAAGGACAAAAUGGAUCAGAACAAGAAACAACAGCGUCGGCUCUCCAAAAACAACCUGGCACUCAGGAAUCUGAGGGCUGAAGGGGAGCGCCACACGUGCAUCGAGUGCAACUCCGAGGUCGACCACUUCUUUUCACAUUUUCCGAUCCUCUCACAUUGUGGCGCGUGCCGCUAUCAGACGAGCUGCAAAGUUUCCAUUGGGAAUCACAUGAUCAAAUUUCAUAGUACCAUCACCAAACAGAGGUUUUUGAAAAUGGAUCAGCAAAAAAAGUCACCGGCAGUAAGAUUAACCCUCAUCUGUCUCAACUGUGACCUCCUCGUCGAUGCGUGUGGUGGUGAUCUAAUGACUAAACAUUUAACUGAUGAACCAAGUCACAUCUGCCAAGUCAUCCAGGAAAUGGAUGUAAAAGCUCAAGAUAAAGAUCAAAUCAAACCGCAUCUUCAACAGCAAGCAUCAUCCCAACUGACGACAACUCUCCUGAAAACAGAACCUGCUAAAACACAAAACGAAACUGAUUUGAAAACAGCUGAAAGUGCAACUUCUGCUGAUGUUGGGCAGCCGGAGUCUGAGCUGAAGGUGUCAUCAGGUGAUCAGGAAGAGGAUUCAGCAGAAAUGCACGCCUCUGAGGGACGAGAAGAGUUGAUGCAGUCGUUGCCGCCUGCCGUGUCGACUUCUUGUUCAUCAGAUUCAGGUUUAAAUCUCUCUGAAGAAUCUGAGGGUCAUUUAGGAUCAGCCGAAGGUCUCUGAUGGUUUUUCAGAUCAAGCAGCUGGAGAAAUAAAAACACUAAACUAUACUGAAUCUGAACCUUGGUGCUUUUAUUGUA